CGUGCAGCACGAGCAACCAAGAAACUGAAUGGGAAGAGAGAUCGACAGCUACAGUAAGUUUUCUAUUGCAGAACUGCGUGCCCGUGUUUGUCAGUGUCAGCUUCCCUACGCACUUUAUUGACCAUAACGGCUACCGACAAUGUCACUUUCCGGCUCCCAGUCACCAGAAGACGGCUUGCACGGCUCGUGGGUGGAGCUGGAGGGUGUUUCGGCACUGAUAGGGUGCAGGGAGAGCGUGGCAGGUCCACAGGGCACUACCUCCCCCCUCCUGCAGGGGGAGCUAGAGAGAAUCCUCCUGGAGGCACAGCUGGAGUGUGAGAGGACAAGCCACACAGACAGCCCUCCCCAGCAGGGUACCCCGCGGUCAGCAGGCUCACCUCAGCCAGCGAGUGAGGGAAGCAGCAGCACAGACUGCAUUACCAUACAGUCGGACGAGGGCGAGAGACGGACGAGCGCAGAGUGGGUGUGGGCCUGGUCCAGUCGUCCUGAGAACCUACCGCCAAAGGAGUUCGUCUUUCAGCACCCCAAGCAGACGAGCUCUCUCAGCGUGAGGAAGAGCGAGGUGAUGAAGAGGAAGCUCUUCUCCUCCGACGUGCUUCUCGUCCUAAUCCCCUCCCUUGUGGCUUCACACCUGCUCACGCUGGGGUUAGGGAUUUACAUCGGCAAGCGUUUGGCUGCCUCCUCCGCCAGCACGCUGUGACCUCUGACCCCGGGCAGCGCUCCCCACCAGCUGCCCCCUCUGCCAAUAGGAUCAUUAGCCUCGUUUUCUUAUUGUCAUUGCCCCCCCCCCCUUAAAAUGACCACCCUGUCUUUAUAACUGUGUCUGUCUGUCUUUCUCUCGUCUGUCUGUCCAUUAAUCUGUCAGUCCAUCGCUGUGUUUCAGUACCCCCUCUGACCCCCUCUGCAGCUCUGUGUGUCUGGGGUCGAAGGUCAUCUCUUGUACUCAAAGGUUAAUCCAGAGCCACACUUCAGCUUUACAGUAGGAGCAGACAGGGAGAAUGGGAAAGAACAAAAAGGGGUGAUUGGAAGAGAAAGAGUGCGGAGAGGAGGGGGAAUGAGAGAUAAAGAGAAUUCCACUGAGCAAAAUAAAAUAAAAAAAACUACACCUGAACAGUGAAGACAGACAGCAGUAUCAGGGUUUUACAGAGUUUUGCUCACCCAGAUUCCUGCAGAUUGAUUGUUUCAGAUAGGGCAGGCGUCUCAAAAACAACGUCCACAAUAAACGCGAUGCCGAACGGAAUGCUAAAUUGGCUCCAAAGUGAGAUCGAUGGACGAGGAAGGGGGGGGGGGAGGGGGGGGGGUGGCAGCCAAUGAAUGAAUGAGCUGGUUAAUUUAUAUCAGUCAAAAAGCAGGGACGGUGAGAUUGUGCCCGGGCCAGCAGGGGAUUUCCUUUGUGUGAUCUGCAAAGCAUGAUGGAUCGUUUUUCACCCGCGAGCGUGGCGACUCACAGAGAGUCCCUGUGUCACUUACGGCUCCCCCGAGUUUGGUGGGUGCCCGCGGAGCUGCGUUGUAAACCGGCGCGACUGAAGCCUCAUUAAAGCUCACCCUCACAUCUC